GCGUCUUUGGUCUGGUGGGUGUGGGUAAAGUGGGUAUAAGCACAAGUAUGCUUUAUGCUAGAUAUAGGUCAUGAACCCACAACUGAGCAGGUACUGAAUUUGAACAAGUCAGGUCCUUUUCGACGGCAUCGUAGACAACAAUAUUCGUCAUCAUCGGAUGAUAUCAGAUGAUUUUAGAUGAAUCGGAAUCAAAGAGAGAGUUUUAGGAAAGGUUUUGUUGUCUUGCGAUAAACUGUUUAAAUGCAGAGGUGUCCACCUAAUAGAUCGAAAGGGGAUGCCGCCGCAGUUAAGUUGGGCCUCGGUCCGGAGGAGCGACCGUUAAAGCUCGGACCAAGCUUCACAAAUCCUAGAGGAACUGCGUUUCACACUUUGAAAUAUGACUUCAAGCCAGCCAGUGUGGACGUUAGCAAGAUGGCAUCUGUUGCUGUGGAGAUGAAUCAGCAGGUAACAGUUACAGUUCCCCACCUUGAUGGCGCAGGGACAGAACACACAGUAUUCAAAGGUUCACAACGACCUUACCAGAAGGAAUGUGUCCUGAUUAUUGAUAGACGUACGGGUGAAGUAGUGCUUGAGAAGCUCUCUAGCAAUAUACAAGUUAAGAAAACUAGGAAAGAAACUAAUAAAGCAACUGCAGGGGCACCAGGCCGGCCUUGCCAGCCUGGUCUACCAUCCUUGCUUGACAGCUCACCUCCUGAACAGUUAGCACCCUCUAAGAAACCCUUGAGUGGAGGGGCAAGUAAAGCUAACUCUUCAGGAGCAAAUAGCCGUAACAGUACCUCUUCAAAUAACCAUAGGCUCAAGCCUCAGCAGAUGGCAUCUUCUCUAUCUGGUUGUGUACCAAGGCAUUCACCUUUGCGUGCUUCACCUUCUUACCCAUCUCCCGGUCAUCAUAGAAGUCCUACAGGCCCCUCUGGUCCAUCAGCUCAAGCUAGCCACAAUAGAUGGUCACCCCCUGAUCAAUCUACCAGUUUACCAAUGCUUGGAAUGGAUGAAGGACCUACUCCAAUGGAUACUUCAGUGCCAAAGGAAUCACCUACAUACGACCAGGAAUCUGUACGACCUGUAGGUUCCCUAUCAGAUUCCUCCAGUGAUUCCUCCUCUGGCAGUGGAUCAUCUGAUAGUGAGACCGAUGAACCACAACCACAACCUCAACUACAACCACAACCAAGCAACCAGCUCUCCUUACCACUCAAUGGUCAUGGAAACACUCAUGCUCCUUCACCAGCAUUGUCAGUGCCUGACCAUCUGCUCAAUGAUGACUUACAAUUAUCUGAAUCGUCGGGAUCAGACAGUGAUUGAAAGAAACAUAAAUUUUAUUACUUUGUACCUACGUUGUGUACUUGAUACUGUAUAAAUAAUAAAUAAGAAGUGAAUGAA